GCUUUCUAGUCCAGCGAAGAAGCAGCUGGUUUCGUUUCCAAAUGGCCCGUCCCGCCGGUCUACAAAGCGGUUACGUCGUCCCUCAUCCACCUUAACGCGUCCCACUCCAGACAUUGACGUUUCUUUAAACCCUUCCCUCACGCGUUUCCCUUCCUCCUGAAAACUCGGGUAGGGAGGAUAAUACAAUUAGGGCAAACCCUAGCGCCAUCUUCCUCCCUCCCUCUCCCAGCCCUCUCCAUCCCUUCGCUAUCAAUGGAUUCCUCGGCAAAUCGAACGGGUCACGACGAAGGAUUGCCGGAGGAGGCGGAUAUCAUGUUCGAUAAACGCGGCUGCUGCUGUUUCGUCUCCCCGUGGUCUCGCCGGCGCACAUCCGCUUCCACUUCGGCCGACUGGUGGGAGCGGAUUCAACCAUCCGAUCGUUCUUGUGCGUCCGGGUGCUUAACGGAGGCUUCGAUGAAGCUCCGGGAUUGGUCCGAGCUCAUCGCCGGACCGAGAUGGAAGACCUUCAUCCGGCGAUUUAAUAAGAACUCUCGCAAUCUCGGCGGCAGCACGAGACUCGGUGUGAGAUUCCAGUACGAUCCCCUUAGCUAUGCACUCAACUUCGAUGAAACCCCCGAUGCCGAUGCUGGAUUUCGUGACUUCUCCUCCCGCUAUGCCGCGCCGCCAUUGUCAGUGAAGUCGUCGAUGGAUCUCGGCGGACGGAAUGCGCCGCCACUGUUCGCUGCCGUACCGACCGUCCCCGCCGUCGCCGGCGAAGGCGCCGUUUUGCGCUGAUUUAUCGAGCGGUGAGUUGGCUAGCAAACUAUUAGGCUGUAAGGUGGUCUAAAGGCUCGGGAUGAUUGUUUGAUUAGACUUAUUAUACUGAAAAUUGCUGCCAUCGAUCAUGCUGUGGGCUAUCGUUUUAUUUAUGAUUGUUUGAUUUUGAUUAUUUAUUUGUAUUCAGAAGCAUAGCUGUUUUUUUUAUCUUUUGAUUGUGGUUGUGAGAUGUAGUAUUCAUUGGUGUGAAUAAUGGAAAGAAAUUCUUUUAGACA